AUGAAAUCUGACUCUGCCCUUAAAUUUCGCAUCUUGGAUGCGAGCAUCGACUCCGAUGGCGGCGGCGAUCUUCGCCUUCUUGUUGACGGCCACGCUAUAAAAUAUAUCGCAAUUGACAGCAACAUAUAUUCUCCUGAAGACCUCACAUUCCUACCGACAUUGGUUGAACUACUCCCUGCCCUCCCAUCCGGGGACUGGAACGUAUCUACUAUCUCCCGAGACCCCAAUACUGGCCAGCCCCAGUUUACUCAAGUUCAACGCGCCGAGUUGCCUGGGAUUAAACAGGUGUGGCAUCCCACGCAAAUCGAGUUCCUUGAGCUUCGGCUUGGAAAAAAGCUGCGCAGCAAUGUUUACGAGACUCAGUGUGAUCAUUUUGGUCAAACUGUCAUCGCCAAGUUCGCCCGAUUCGCCUGGGAAACUUGGAUGUUGGAAGCUGAGACUGAAGCCUAUCAGUGGAUAGAGGGCCACGCGAUAGGGCCCAACUUCCUUGGGCAUAUUGCGGAAUUCGGCAGGGUCAUUGGAUUCCUCAUCAGUAGAAUAGACCCUUGUCGCCAUGCAAAUUUGCAAGACCUCCCUCUAUGCUCUUCAAUCUUGCAGAAGCUUCAUGACUUGGGCAUCAAGCAUGGCGACACCAAUAAGCACAACUUUCUAAUCUCAGGGAAAGAAGUUGUCCUUAUCGAUUUUGACUCUGCCAAGCGCACACAGGAUACUGAUGAGUUGAGCAAAGAGAUGUCGGGAUUGAAGGAGCAGUUCAGUGAUGAAUCUGGUAGAGGAGGGGUGACUGUUCAUAGUUAG